AUGCUUCCUGAAGGCGCUCCUUUGGUCUACCCUGCGUUUGAUAUGGUUUUGUCAUCCAAGGCGGUGACGAAAACGAAAUCCGGUGCAAACAUCAAGUCACUAGUGAUCCAGGAAUACCUCGACCGUCGCGCCCAGGCAGAAUUUAUGCACGAGGACCCAGGCUCCAAACUUAGCACCAUGAUUCCACCCGAGCCGAAGAAGCCGGUCAAUCGCUUUGCCGAUCCCAAUCAUCCUGUCAACUCAGGUUCGAUCUUCGGUCUGGUUACCGGAGGAACUUGGGACCCUGUAGCCCAGGGUCGUAUCCGCCGAGCCGAGGACAAAGCCAAGAGAAACGGAGAGCCUCCCCUCACGGCCGAGGAGAGGCAUGAUGCGUACAUGGGCCGCAAGGUCCGCGGACGGGUGACGGGGACGCCAUCCAAGCAGCUCCCGAUUAUCAGUAAGUCGUUGAAAAAGGAUGUCUUGUAUCUGGCAAUUGUUAACUUGCCUACUGAGGAAGACCUGGAGCGCGUGCAGAAGGAAUUGGAGCGCAAGGAUGAUUGA